AGUAGAUUUAUAAUAUUUCUCGAUAUUAACUAGGUUUCCAAAUAUGCUAAUGCACUAUGUAUUACAAUAGUCGAGUAGUAAAAGUCAUUUCUAAAGUCUUCUCUUUUAUUUCUUAAACUUUUCUUUCCCUAUUAGAAGUAGGAGUGAUAAACAGAUACAAAGGCUGGUUUGUGACUGAGAUGAUGUCCCCACAAAGAAAACCUGAAGCAGAAGGAACUGCCAAAGCAGUGAAUGUAGCAUUUAGGAGUUAGGGAGUCUCGAUAUUUAUUAUGUUUCUUGUGGGCAAUGAUUCAUGUGAGUACCUUCUUUCAAGUGGCAGAUUUCUUGGAGAGAAAGUUUGGCAGCCUCAUAGUUGUAUGAUGCAUAAAUACAAAUACAAUGAAGCAAAGAACUGCCUUGUAGAUAAACAUAUUGCAUUUAUUGGAGAUUCCAGAAUUCGUCAAUUGUUUUAUUCAUUUGUAAAAAUAAUUAAUCCUCAGUUCAAAGAAGAAGGCAAUAAGCAUGAAAACAUUCCUUUUGAAGACAAGAUUGCAUCAGUUAAAGUGGAUUUUCUGUGGCAUCCAGAAGUUAAUGGUUCUAUGAAACAGUGUAUCAAAGUGUGGGCUGAGGAUUCUGUUGCAAAGCCCCAUGUGAUUGUAGCAGGAGCUGCCACAUGGUCUAUCAAGAUUCACAAUGGCAGCAACGAAGCACUGUCUCAAUAUAAAAUGAACAUUACCUCCAUAGCACCACUUCUAGAAAAAUUGGCAAAGACUAGUGAUGUUUAUUGGGUCUUACAAGAUCCUGUUUAUGAAGAUCUAUUAAGUGAAAAUAGGAAAAUGAUCACUAAUGAGAAGAUAGAUGCUUACAAUGAAGCUGCAGUCAGUGUUUUGAAUAGUAGCACCAGAAAUUCUAAAUCACAUGUUAAGAUGUUCAGUGUUUCCAAAUUAAUUGCUCAAGAAACUAUCAUGGAAUCUUUGGAUGGCUUACAUCUUCCAGAAUCAAGCAGAGAAACUAGUGCAAUGAUUCUUAUGAACGUGUAUUGCAAUAAGAUACUGAAGCCUGUAGAUGGUUCCUGUUGUCAGCCUCGGCCUCCUCUGACUCUCAUGCAGAAGCUAGCUGCUUGUUUUUUCACCUUAUCUAUUGUCGGAUAUUUAAUUUUUUAUAUAAUUUAUCGUAAUGCUCAUCGGAAGAAUAAGCCAUGUACUGAUUUGGAAAGUGGAGAGGAAAAGAAAAAUAUUAUCAAUACCCCUGUGUCUCCAUUAGAAAUACUUUUACAAUCUUUGUGCAAACUUGGCCUGAUUAUGGCUUAUUUCUAUAUGUGUGACCGUGCAAAUCUAUUUAUGAAGGAAAACAAAUUUUAUACACAUUCAACUUUCUUUAUUCCAAUUAUCUAUAUCUUGGUUUUGGGAGUAUUUUACAAUGAAAACACUAAAGAGACUAAAGUAUUAAAUAGAGAACAAACAGAUGAAUGGAAAGGCUGGAUGCAACUUGUGAUUUUGAUUUAUCAUAUCUCUGGAGCAAGUACUUUUUUGCCUGUGUACAUGCACGUUCGAGUUCUGGUUGCUGCAUAUCUAUUUCAGACGGGCUAUGGGCAUUUCUCAUAUUUUUGGGUCAAGGGAGACUUUGGAAUCCAUAGAGUAUGUCAGGUCUUAUUUCGUCUCAAUUUCCUGGUAGUGGUGUUAUGUAUAGUAAUGGAUCGACCUUAUCAAUUCUAUUACUUUGUCCCCUUGGUCACGGUAUGGUUCAUGGUCAUAUAUGUUACUUUAGCACUAUGGCCUCAAAUAAUCCAAAAAAAAGCAAAUGGAAGUUGUUUCUGGCAUUUUGGUUUACUCUUGAAACUAGCCUUCUUGCUGUUAUGUAUAUGUUUUUUGGCAUAUUCUCAGGGUGCAUUUGAGAAGAUCUUUUCUCUUUGGCCAUUGUCUAAGUGUUUUGAACUGAAAGGAAAUGUAUAUGAAUGGUGGUUCAGAUGGAGGUUAGACCGUUACGUAGUCUUUCAUGGAAUGUUGUUUGCUUUCACUUAUCUGACUUUACAGAAGCGUCAAAUACUUUCUGAAGGAAAGGGUGAACCUCUUUUUUCAAACAAAAUUUCAAAUGUUCUAUUGUUUAUUUCAGUAGUUUCUUUCUUGACCUAUUCCAUCUGGGCUAGCAGUUGUAAGAACAAAGCAGAGUGCAAUGAACUCCACCCAUCUGUUUCUGUGGUGCAGAUUUUAGCCUUUAUUCUAAUAAGGAAUAUUCCUGGAUAUGCCCGUUCUGUUUACAGUUCAUUUUUUGCUUGGUUUGGAAAAAUUUCAUUAGAGCUCUUUACUUGCCAAUAUCACAUAUGGCUGGCAGCAGACACAAGGGGCAUCUUAGUACUCAUACCUGGAAACCCCAUGCUCAACAUCAUUGUCAGCACUUUCAUAUUCGUUUGUGUGGCACAUGAAAUUUCUCAGAUCACUAAUGAUCUUGCACAGAUCAUUAUUCCUAAAGAUAACUCAUCUCUGUUGAAAAGGUUAGCAUGUAUAGCUGCAUUUUUUUGUGGACUCCUCAUCUUAUCAUCAAUUCAAGAUAAAUCAAGAUAUUAAGUUGCUAAAAUUCUAAAAAACUUACACUCUUCAAGCUAACUGUUGCCUGCUUAGAGGAGAAAAGCAUCUAUCUUGAGAUAUAAUUGUAUAGGUAAAUAAAAAUUUGUGCAGUAAGAGGACAGCUCAGUGAUGUCUGUUGAACAUGUGUGGUUGUAUAUAUAGGAAAUGUACAUAUCCGAUGUGAAAUACUGAAAAAAAAUUGAUGAAGCAGAGUGCAUUGUAGAGGAUUGCAUGUGAAAAGUCUUUUCUACUGGAUCUAUAUUUCCAUUUAUAAGUGAUUUUAAGUUAACAUAUGAAGGCAGGGAAAUAAUUGCCUUUCCAGUAAAAAAAUAUAGAUAAUUUAGUUAGCUUAGUGUCACACUGUUUUGAUAUUUACUAAAUUUGUGAUAAUAAGAUUGUCUGUACCAAUAUUCAUCAUGGUAAUUCCUACUUCAUUGAAAACUUUCUCAAGAAUGACUACAGUAUUGUUUUCUUGCCAGAUGUGCAAUGGUGUGGAAUGAUGAACAGUAUGCCUUUAAUUUAUGUGUUCUUGUUCUGUUGCUAUGUUUCCUGACAUGGUUUUCUUUCUAACUGUGGUUUUCAGAUAUACUAGUACAAGCUUAAAUCUUUGUACACUUGGUCUCACAGAGUUGUUCUAGGCUCCAUUACAGGGUUUUGUCAUUGUUGAUGCUAUUACUUCUUUUUAUAAAAAGGCCAAAUUUUCUUUCCAACUCAAACAUUCACCUGUUUCUUUUCCUUAAGCUAUAUCAGUAUAAUACCAGUUACCCUGUGGAUCCAUUUAAUAUGUUUUCCCCUGACUAAUUUUGUAUAUUAUUUCCAAUGUUUGGAAAGUUCUUUAUAAUCAUUUUAUUUCUUAUUACUCCCUCCUAUUUUUAAAAAAUACUUAUCAAUCUAAACUUGUGCAGUCUAGUAAAGAUUCAAGUUGUUACGAUUGAGAUGUAUGACCUUCAGUAGAAUUUUAAGUAAACCGGUGACUUUGGACAAUAUAUGUUUUUUGUUUGGAUUGGUUUGGUUUGGUAUUGUUACAGCUGUUAGAGGUAUAAGUUUAUUUAUCUGUUGUACAGAUUUUAUUACGACUUUUAAUGUUUGAAAGAUUGCACUUGUUUGCUCUUAUGUGCGGGGUAAAAUAUAUUUUCUGUUCAUCAUGUGUGAAAAUAUGGAGUAAUUUAAACAGUAAAUAAACGUUCUGUGGAUGCUUAUUUUUGUAUGGCAAAGUAUCAAUUAAA